UCUAGUUUGUCAUCCUUACAGCCUCUUUUCUUUUCUCGAUGGUUCUGUAAAGUUCUGAUCAUUCUAUUAGCUUGAGGUGUCCUGAAGGCGUUAUCAGUUCUAUAAUAUAGUCUGUAUACAUUAGACGGAAAAACAACGUGUUUGUACUAUUGAAAACACUCCGCUAUAAAGCAAGAUUGUUCAAAAUAUUCACAAUGUCACAACAAAGUAUUGACAACCUAACCUUGGAUUUAGAGGAGCUACGCCGAUUGCAUGAGGGUGCAACGCGAAUUCGAGUUCAGCAAAUAUUAUCCCUCGAUAUUCGCAAAUUGGAAACCGAUCUACAGCAACAGAAAGUACUACUGGCUAGCAAAGAAAAACCCCAGUCAUCUGAAGCUGUCAAAGCACCGGCUUCGUUGCCAGGUGAUUGCAAACGCUACCGCAUUGAGCUGAAAGAAUACGCGUGGGAUCAAAGUGAUAAAUUCAUCAAAAUAUUUGUAACAGUAAACGACGUUCAGCAAGUUCCGGAAGAGAAUGUAAAUGUUGGAUUUACUGAGCAUUCGUUCAAUUUGUUAAUUGGUAACCUGAAUAACAAAGAUUACACGUUCGUGGUUAAUCAUCUACUGAAUGAGAUUGAUCCGGCUAAAAGUUAUCGUAGAAUAAAGUCUGACAUGGUUGCAAUUUACUUGGCGAAAACAAAGCCUACCAGAUGGGAGCAUCUUACAAUUACGGCGAAACGGUUGCAAGAUAUGAAGGAUGAGAGACUAUCGAAGAACACGAAGGACAACGACGACCCGCAAGCAGGGCUGAUGAAGAUUAUGCAGCAAUUGUACGAAAGCGGCGAUCAGGACACCAAACGGAUGAUUAACAAGGCUUGGCACGAAUCACAGAACAAGCAAAAAGAGAUAAAAGAUGCUGUAUACGAUGGACCUUUGGGGGAUUAAACGAUCCGAUUUAACAGUUAAUCAUGUAUUACUUAAUCAUACGAUAAGCGUAACAAAUAUGUCGUGUAAGUUAUUGAGCAUUUGAUGUGAACACAUAAUGAAUUCGUACUCCAA